AUGAAGGAGCUGCUGGAGAGGAUCAAGCUGCUGCAGGAGGAGAUGGACCAGCAGCAGCAGGAGGCGCCGGGCAUGCUCAGCGUCUUCCGGGCGCUCAACCCCAACGAGAUGGUGGCCAGGAACACCCCCAAUUUCGACGUGGAGCGGAAGGAGGGCGGCGACACCCGGGUGGAGAUCUACUGCGCCGCCAAGCCGGGGCUGCUGCUGUCCACGGUGAGCACGCUGGACACGCUGGGGCUCGACAUCCAGCAGUGCGUCAUCAGCUGCUUCAACGACUUCGGCAUGCACGCCUCCUGCUCCGAGAUGCAGAGGGACAUGAUCAGCGCCGACGUGAUAAAGCAGGAGCUGUUCAAGAACGCUGGCUACGGCGGGGCUGCUUGUAGAGGGCAUGGGAGGAGGAAGAAGAAGGGGAGCAGGAGGCAGCAAUAA